UGCAGCGGCACGCGCCGGCCGCUGCCGGCAACCUGCUCAUAGCGCAGCACAGAGACACCAGGCGGUACGCGCUCGUGCGCUCAGGGCUGUGGCGCCCCCCGCAGCUGCAGUUUGCUACGGGCGACUACGUCUAUGUCCGGCGGCAAAACCCCAGCAACACGCUGCAGCCGCCGGUGCGCGAGGCCGUCUUGCGAGUGGAAUCGGUGGGUCCCUUGGGCGUGGCGGUGCUCAUAGGACGUGACGGCACGCGCAUCAGGCGCCGGGUGGAGCAGCUUGUGCCCUGCCAUCUGCCAGACUUGGACCCUAUCGUCGACCCGCGGCUCAUGCCCCCGGCAGCGGACCACGCCUGCCAGGUCUGUGCCUCGCCUCGUGACGGCGGCAAGAUGCUGCUGUGCGACGCCUGCGGUACCGGUUGGCACCUGUACUGCCUCGUGCCACCACUGUCGCAAGUCCCCGAGGGCAGCUGGGUGUGCCCGGAAUGCGUGCAGCUGCAGCGGGAGGCGCCGGCGGGGCCUGCGCCGCCCCAGCCGGAGCCCACCGCUGUGCUGUUUCCGAACGCCGCCACGCGGCGGCGUGACGACGAGGCGGCGGCACUGGAUGGACGCCGCAUCGUACGCAUGGUCAGCAAGGGGCGCGGUCGCGGGCGCGAGGAGCAGCUCGGCGUGCUGCGCUACCGCGGCGGUCUGGCGAGGCCCCACUACUUCUAUGCCGAGUGGGACGGGGGCUUUGCUGAGGCGGUCGGGCUGCCUGCGGCGAAGCGCAUGCUGAUGCCGGAGCAGACGAGUACGAGGAAGAAGGGCAGGUAGCGUUGUUUUGGGCUAGGAAAAGGCGUGCCAUGCCGCGCGGCCGAGAAGGGGGUAUUGCUUAGGUUGUGGAAGUUAGGUUGGCGUUGCCGGCUCGCUGCACCGCGAGUGCGAGGAGUAGGGGUUAUCCUAGGGAGCGCAGCCAGACUCGCCGCUGUUGGGGGUAGAAAGGGGGAGCGCCAAGCCGCGUGGCCCGCUAUAGAAGGUUGGUGUAGGGAUCUUGGUGGCUAGUGGCUAGUGGGUACGUCAAGCCGCGUGCUCUCGGUCUUGCUUCGAGUUCGUCAGUUGCUUAGGGAAGGAACGCCAAGCCGCGUUGCCUGUUAUGCCUGUUUUGGGCGUUGUGACUCUUUUCUCAGUUGUGUCAGGUGAGACAAGGGGGUGAGGCCAGGACGCCUGGUUUUUGGUUGGAUAUUGGGUGGCAGCGUACUUCGCCGUGCCUGCUGCUGGUGCCUUUUCUGUGGCGGAGGCUUGACUAUUGCCGCUUUCGUGGCCUGCCUGCCUGAAUUGGGGGUGGGUUUGCUGUGCUUGGUUUGCCGGUUGACCCGUGGGUCGGUGCACCUUAGGCUCUGACCGCC